GCACUUCAGGAGGGGACUCGCCGGGAGGGGCCGCGCCGCGCCGGGCCGACCGGGGCCGAGCCGAGCCGGACCCAGAGAGCGGCAGCAGGGCACCGGGCCGGGCUGAGCGGGGCGGCGGGGACGGGAACAGCGGGGAGAGGUGCUGCGUGCCACCCGCACCACCAUGGCUCUCUACAACAACGGGGCCAACGUGCCCUCGCCCCAAGAGGCCUCCAACGGCUUCUCGCAGCCCGGUGCCUCGGGCACGUGGCACAAGGCAGAGGAGGAGGUGAGGCUGGUGGAGCCCAGCCUGGUGAAGAAGGCUCACCGUGAGAUCCUGGACCACGAACGCAAGCGGCGGGUGGAGCUGAAGUGCAUGGAGCUGCAGGAGAUGAUGGAAGAGCAAGGGUACUCAGAGGAGGAGAUCCGGCAGAAAGUGGGGACCUUUCGGCAGAUGCUGAUGGAGAAGGAGGGCGUGCUCACCAGGGAAGACCAGCACGGGCGCCAAAUAGUGAUAGAAAACCACCACGGGCUGGAUGGGGAGGAGUACACAGCGCAGUACCCUGAGUGUGACGAGGGCUGCCUGCUGCAGUGUGACUGCUCAGCCGAGUGCUACCACGACGACAGCAGCCACCGCGAGUACAGGCUGAAAAGACGGUCGAGCAGCUCCACCUCCCCACCACCCAAGAAGAAAAAGAAGAAGAAAUCGGGUCACCGCCGGAGCCGCAAAAAGAGGAAACCCGGUUCAGAGCGCAGCUGUGACAGCUCUUCCCCGAUCCGCAAGGAGAAGAAAAAGAAGACCGGAAAGAAGCACAGACGUGACAGGUCUGAGUCAGGCUCUCGGAAGAAGAGAAGACACAGGUCCCGCAGCCCCAAAAACAAGAGGAAAGAGAAAAACAAAGAGCGCAAGAGGUCCCGCAGUGCAUCGCCAGCCUGGCACUCACACCGGCGCAGCAGCUGCAGCUCGCACAGCGCUUCGCUCUCCUCCUACUACAGCAACUCCAAAUCCCCCAGCAGGCUAAGCCCCAAGCAUCGUGAGGAUGGCCCCAAGGGCAACAGCGCCCGCUCCAGCCGCAGCCCGUCCUCCUCCUCACCGCGCCGCUCGGCCUCACCGCACCAGAACGGGCACAAGGGCAGCGCCCAGAAUGGCCGCCACAGCCAUGGCCCUGCACUCGAGGAGCCAACGGAUAGGCCGGCCUCGCCGUCCCCUUCUCCACGGCCUCGCGGCAGGACGGACCCGCCGUCCCCUCGCACCCGGGGCGGCCGUCAUGGUGCCCACUCGCCCUCGCCGGAGCGAGCCAAGCACGGCCACCGGCACCGCUCCCGCUCCGCAUCGCCGCCCCGACACCGCGGUCAGGCCCCCCGCCUGCCGGCCCCAACGGGGCUCAGCCCCACUGGCUACAGCAGUGACUCGGAGGGCUCGGUGUGCUCGCACCCGCUCAGCCCCGACAGGACCCACGGUGCCCACGCUAAGAAGGUGAAGGACAGGCACCACCGGGGCCGUCCCAACAGCAGCUCAGAGUCAUCAGCGAAGCACUCUCGGCACGGAGCCUCGGAGCGGAGGAAGAGCCCCUCACACAGCACAGGGCACCGCAGCACCUCCUGGAGCUCCAGCGCUUCCCUCUCCAAGUCUCGCUCCCGCUCACGGGACAAGCGGGCAGCACGCAGCCGCAGCCGCUCUCCCUCGCAGAAGAAAACUGCCAGCAGAGAGAAAGACAAUGAGCCUCGAACACGUCACAGUGACCCAGACCCUGCUCGGGCCCGGCGUCGCUCCCGAAGCUACUCCCCAAUCAGGAAGAGGAGACGUGACUCCCCCAGCUUCAUGGAGCCCAGAAGGAUCACCAGCGCUCGCAAGCGUCCCAUCCCCUACUACCGCCCCAGCCCCUCGUCCUCCAGCUCGCUGAGCACCUACUCAUACAGCCGCAGCCGCAGCCGCAGCUACGACACCUACAGCACCAGCCGCAGCCGCAGCCGGACUCGCAGCCCCCCCAGCCGCUCGCGCAGCCCCCCCAGCCGCAGCCCCAGCUACAACAGCCGCAGCAGCUCCGAGAGCGCUGGCUUCUGAGCCCCCCCGCCCCAACCAGGAGCCUCCGUCCCACCCCAGGAACAGGGGAUUGCCAAGGAUGGGCCAAGCGGGCGGGGGUGACCCUGAGCCUGGAGGGUAUUUGGGGGUUGGGAGAUGGGGUGGGGGGUGG